GUCCUCCACUGCAACGGUUGUUGGCCCAUUUCAAAACUUGACCACGACCGUCGUGUCAGAGACCGACGAACUACUCUACCUUCAGUCUCUAGUGCUCAACGUUCCUUAUGGUUGUAACUCGCAGGGCGCCGACUGCGCCGACACCCACUUCACGAACAAGUUCCUCACAACCUGUACCUAGGGCAAAGAAGCCACAGGUACCACCUGUCCCGAGUCCUCUUGCCAAUGGCGAGUCGAGAGAAGGCCCUUCACAAAAUGAUGCUUCCGAGACAUACGCGAAUGAUGUGACUGGUUCCCCUUUAAAGAAGGGGAAGCACAAAUCCAAAGAGAAACAUAAGAAGAAGAAAGACAAGAAAGGGUCGGGCAAGGAGUGGAGUUUCGUGGACCUCCUGACGCGAAUAUUCCUCCUUUGGUUCACAAUAUACUCGCUAUCAGUUUGUCCGACUGAUGAACAUCUGAAAUCUCCGGUGUGUCGGGGUCUGAGCGAAUAUCGCCGUCUAUUCCUAGAACCCUACGUUUUUCCUGCCUUCCAUCGCGCCCUGGCCCACCCUGCGGUAGCGCCAUAUGUUGAACGCGUGCAGCCCUACGCAGACCGUGUUAUCAAUACCGCUAAACCGAUUGUUUUCCGCACCAAAUUGGAAUUCAACAAUCGCGUAGUGCCUCAAUGGAAUAAGCACGUCGUUCCUCAGUGGAACAAUGUUGUCCUUCCGCUCUGGAACAAACACGCCGCGCCACAUAUACAAAGUAUCGAGAAGCAGUUGCAGCCUUACCGCACCAAAGUCAUUUACGAGUACCAGCACAGGGUCGAGCCCCAUCUUCGUGUCGCAGUCAACAAUUUGCAAAAAUGGCAACGUCAAGCCCAACCAUAUGUCAUCUUGGCCGCACACAAGACGUAUAACGGCUAUCAGAAGACCAAGCCGUAUGCUUUACCUGUGUGGGAGCAGUUCAAAUUGCUUCUGUCGCAGCUGGCUCAGUUCCUUUCCAUCCAACGUCGUCAAUAUGUCGAUCCCCAUGUGAAGAAGAUUUGGGAGCGCGUUAUUGAGCUGAGUGGCGGGAAACCAACUGUUAAUGUAGACAAGCAAAGUGCAUCCGAGGCACCUGUCUACAAAGCUGCGCGAUCAACGACAUCUGUCAUCUCUUCCGCCUUUUCGUCUGAAUCAACUGUGGUCCCUAGAUCCUCCGAGGUUGUCGUAGACUCUGCGUCCUCAGUUCUUUCGGAACCGACUACACAGUCUCAAUCAUUGCCUGCCUCCAUUUCGCAUGAAACGAUCUCACAGUCAUCAUCCUCAAAUGUGGCCCAAGCCAGUGAGACUCUGUCGUCCCUUGCAUCUGUUGUGUCCUCCUCAGCCCAAGCCACUGCCUUGUCUGUAUCCUCUGGGGUCAAGGAUGCUGCAUCCAGCGCUUCAUCAGUUGUUUCAUCGGUAACCGCCAGCGUCGUUCCCUCUGCGUCGACUUUAACCCAGGAACCCAGCGUGCCAGUGUCCUCAGUAACCUCUCAAGCCGGUUCAUCAGCAACCGUUUUGGCAAGCUCAGCUUCUUCUAUAACGGAACAAACCUUUUCCUCGGCUUCAGAAUCCGUUCUUGACGGGGUCACCGACGCGUCAUCAGCUGUCAAUUCGUUCGCUUCUUCGAUCUCUUCUAGCCCUAUCCCCACCCGUUCUCCUGUAGUGGAUGACGAUGAUAUUGACUUGGAUGCUUUCUAUGCCGAGCUUGGACUCGGCGAUGAUCCUGCAUCUGAUGUGGUGAUAAGCACUGAAGCCGCCCCUCCUAUCGAGACCGAGUCUGAGGAGGAGAUCGCGGAACGUCGUCGUCUUAGAGAGAUUGAGACCGCCAAGAAACGAGCCGACAUCACUGGUCGCCACACCGAAUGGGAAAGACAGCUUGAGGCAGCCAUAGUUGAGAACCGCAAGGCUCUCCGGAAGGCUCUCGUCGCUUUGAGGAAAGCAGCCGCUGCUGAACUCAAAGAGAACGCUGAGAUCAGGAAGGAGCUCGAGAAUCUUGAGGAAGACGCCGAGAAGUACUUGAGGGGUGCGGAGAAAUAUCUGGCUAACCUCAAGCGCGAGUCCAGAAAGGAAGACGAGAAGAGGUCCAUGUGGGCUCGAGUGGUAGACAAGGUAGAUGCGAAGUUCGCCGAGCGGCUCGGCCAGGCCGAGAAUGUUGUCAACAGCUGGUACCUCGAGAAGUUGAAUAAAGAACUCGAAGAGGUCAAACGAGUCUCGGACAUCGUUAGAGAUAUUGCAGACCGGGGACAGACCGACAUCGGCUUGGAUUACGCGUGGCUUGACGAUGUUACUUACCAAGACUGGCAACGUUAUCAUGAUCUCGUUCGCAGGAGUGAGAACUUUACGGCGCAGGCUCAUGCCAUUCAAAAUGGCUCGCAUCCUUCACCACCAAUCAACCCCAUCCUGACGGCGCUGUCUGACUUACAAAUUGAGGUCCAAGACACCGUCCUUGGGUUCGAGACCCGUUUACGUCGUAUCAACCGUCACGGCGAGCGAUCUUUCGGCUCCAAAGAUGGUCAAGACCCUAUUGAUGACGAGAUCAUAUUGGACGAAACUGUCUCCAUCCUCCCUAUCGAAGAUGAGGCUCACAGGGCUCCAGCAGAGGGCGAGACGCCUGUUGAUAUUCCACAAGUCAUCAUCGGGCGAGGCAAGGAAGAGGUCAUCUCCGCCUUGAAUCGGGCAGCGGAACAGGAGAGUGCUACUUCGGCCCCCAAGGAACAUUUGAAGAACCCAGAACAAGUUGUUGAGGCCAUAGCUCAUGAGGUCGAAGAAGACACGCGGGCGUCGUCCUCCGUACAUGAGGAGUUGUAAGAAGAUGGAGUUGGUCCGAUAUGCUAUGCCUACUGUCACGAUAUGUUUCGUAGUUCUAUUGUUGGAUAUUCCCAGUUACCCUUACUAUGUUUAUUCUCAAUAUGUUCGUUUUGGCUUUUUCAUGUACUGCGUGUGCCUUAUAUAUAGGAACACGCCAGAUAGACGGCACCAUAAUGUGCCUGUACCUGCGCUUUUUCUUGGAAAUUCCCUCGCACACCGAGAACCAGUAGUCAGCUCUGAACGUGGGAACAAUGUCCAUACAUCAACGAACAUGAGGACUUGGAGACAUGCUUGAAGUAGAAUAAGGGUAGCGUACAGGAAAGCGUGAAGCAUGGCAAGACAAGAGGCAAGAAAAUAUCAACAAAAAGCAAGAUUCAUUGCGAUGGGCUACUUAAUUAGCAUGAGCUCAUGGCUCAUCAGUGUCCUCUCGCCAUCGGAGGUUACUCUCGUAGAAAUCCAAUAGCUGCUCCCGAAAUUAGUUUCUCUGUCACGCG